UAUUGGGAGUGGACUGCGCGGGGCAGCGAGCGCGUGCCGGAGCCUGGGGUUGGGGCGAGCCUCGCGCGCAGUUUGGGCUGCGUCUGGUGCCAGGGAGACGGCUCACAGGUCCCGAGAGCAAAAGGCGCUGUGACUAAGUGUGUAACACGCUAGCAAACACAAACGAGCAGCGCCCUGCUUUGCCUCCGAGACCGGCCCCUGACGCCCGGGUCACGCCGGGGAGGCCGCAAACGAUGCCCAACGACGUGGGCUGCCCCAUCUGCGGGAAAAGGUACUUUCCUCACUCCCUCAAAAUCCACCUGCCCCAGUGCCAGCGCAAGUGGGCGUCCGUCGAGGUGCCCUGCCCGCGCUGCGACAAGCCGGUCUUACAAGGCGAGCUCGAGGAGCACCUCGAGAAGUGCCGCGCCCCGCGGAAGGCGGCGCUCCACCGGCGGUCGUGGAACGGGGACACGGCGAACGCCGCGCGCGCGCUGUCGCUGCCCAUCUCGCGGGCCCGGCCGCCGCGCGAGCGCGCGUCGUGGUCCGGCCCCACGCAACACGACUCGCCGCGCCAGGCCGCCGCCGCCGCCUUCCGGACGCAGUUCAAGCCGAAGGCGCCGCGGCCCGCGUCGCGCACGAAGCGGUGGGAACCGCCCGCUGAAACGACAGCGUUCUCCACCACCGCCGCGGCGCCGGGCGGCCUGCUGCCCUGCGCCGUCUGCGGCCGCAAGUUCUCCGCGGACCGACUCGGCGUCCACCAGAACAUCUGCCGCAAGGCCCACAACAACCGGCGGCCCGUCUUCGACGGCGCGUCCAUGCGCCAGCGCGCGAUGGCCGAGGAGAACGGGCUGGCCGCGCCGCCGCGGCGGCGCCCGGGCCGGCGGCGGCCGCCGUCCGCCAACAUUGAACCGCCCGCGCCGCCCAAGAAGAACUGGCGCGCCGAGUCGAACGCUUUUAGAGCUAUGGUCCGCGACGCGCGGCGCAUGACCAUGGCGGAGAAAUCCGGCGUGCCGCUCCGCGACAUCCAGCCUUCUCGGGCUGCGCAGGACGCCUACGACCUGGAGACGAGCGACUUCCGGCAGUGCCCGCACUGCGGCCGGACCUUCAACCCGAAGGCCUGGGAGCGACACGUGCCCCACUGCGCGAAGACGCGGAACCGGCCGAAGCCUCCGCCCGGGCGCCGCGCGUUAGGUCGGGGCGCCGCGCGGCGGACGGGCUCCAUGAACUUCUGAGCGCCUGCUAUACCAUGUUUGUACUU